UUUUGGAAGAGAGGGAUUUCAAAUGCCGCGAGGUCAGUGGAUUUGAGUGACAUCACGCAUUCAUGACUGACAAAAUUUGGUGAUAAUGGACGCGUUGCCCAACGCGUCUGAUUUUUUUUUUUUCCCUUACUCCCAUCUCACAACAACAACAACAUUAGACACUAUGCUGGAAGCUCGUCUGCAACAAGCAAAGCUCUUGAAAUCCCUUCUCGAAGCCAUCAAGGAACUGGUCACAGAAUGCAACUUUGACUGCAACGACUCGGGUAUAGCGUUGCAAGCCAUGGAUAACUCACACGUUGCUUUGGUUGCAUUGUUAUUGCGCUCAGAUGGGUUCGAUCCCUACCGUUGCGACAGAAACUUGCCUCUUGGUCUCAACUUGACCAACUUGAACAAGAUUCUCAAGUGCGCUGGUAACGAUGAUAUCUUGACCUUGAAGGCUGAUGAUGGCGGUGAUACCCUCAGCUUGGUUUUCGAAAGCAAAGAUAAUGACAAGAUUUGCGAGUAUGACUUGAAGCUUAUGGAUAUCGAUAGCGAACAUUUGGGUAUUCCCGAUACCAGCUACGAUGCUAUUGUUCACAUGUCUUCAGCAGAGUUCCAACGUAUCUGCCGAGACUUGUCACAAAUCAGUGAGUCCGUCAAGAUCGAUGCUACUAAGGACGGUAUCAAGUUCUCUGGUGAGGGUGAAGUCGGUAACGGUAGCAUUACUCUCAAGCAGAACGCCAACGUUGACAAUGAGGACGAGGCUACCAGAAUUGAGCUCCAACAGAGUGUCUCCCUGACUUUCUCUCUUAAAUACCUUGCCAACUUUACUAAGGCUACCCCUCUUUCAACGCGCGUCACGUUGAGCAUGUCUAAUGAUGUUCCUUUGCUCGUUGAAUACAAGUUGGACAACCUUGGUUAUGUUAGAUACUAUCUCGCUCCUAAGAUUGGCGAGGAAAACUAAACUAUUCGCUUUUCUAUAUCACUACAUUCCAAAAAUAUUAAAUACAUCUGCCCUACGAUGGCCUUUUUUUUUUCUUUUUCCUUGGCUCCCUGUAAUUUUCGUUGGCGAGUGUACACAAUAAAAACAAAGGCCUGUGCAUGAGUACAAAAAAAAAAUCUGCAAGAUUGGGGUUGGAGGGCUACCAAAAAUUGCUGGGCCACUGUUGGGUGAGAAAAUCCAUUGGUUGCCUAUGUCACCAGGUAGUGGACGCUCCUUUCGCGUGAAAGAUGGCAAG